CGAAUCUACGGAACCCUAAUAAAUAAAUAAAUAUAAUAAUUUCGUAAAUCAGCAUUUUCAUGACAUAACCAAAUAUAUUUUAUUAAAACUUAAUUUUAAAAAAGCAAAAAUGUUACUAAAUUCAAUUUCGAAAAUAAGUUCGAAAAUUCUUAUAACAACACAACAAUUGGAAAAAAGAUGUAUACACAAUACGGAAAAUUUAAAUCAAAUAAUAAAGUUAACUCGUUUACGAGUUGUUGAUAAUAGUGAAAUUGGAAAACGAGCUAUGGCCGAAGGAAAACCACCCCGAUGUAUUCAUGUUUACAACAAAGUCGGAGUAGGAUAUAUAGGUGAUAAAGUAUUAGUUGCGAUCAAAGGACAAAAGAAAAAAGGUAUUUUAGUAGGUUUAAAACAAAAUCAAAAACCAAAAGUGCCGAAAUUUGAUAGUAACAAUAUUGUUUUAAUUGACGAUAAUGGAACACCGUUGGGAACGAGGAUUCAUGUACCAAUACCCACGAUACUUCGAACUAUUCUUAAAGAGAAAACACAAGCUAAAGGUGCUGAUUAUACUAAACUGUUAGCGAUUUCAACACGAUUUGUUUAGAAUUAUUUUAUUUGUUAAUCUUGUAAAUAAAGUUAAUUUAUAUCUGUUAGUUAAUAAAUUGGAAUUUAAUUUCAUAUUCAUA